AAUUAGCAUCAUUCAUAAACCAGGAAGAUGCCAGAUUAUUCCUCAUGGACUUUCAUUUUCUGUGCCACGACUUUCACAUUCACAUUCCGUUCUCAGUUCUCAGGCACACAUACACACACACACACACACACACACACACACACACAGGCAGAGGGUGAGAAAUACGAGAUAUAUAUAUAUAUAUAUUUAAUGUAGUAUAUAGAGAGGGUGCAUACAGUAUAUAGAGAGUGUUAGUGACAGUCACUGUCAGACGCAGUAUGUCUGUGUGUACUCAACAUCUUUCCCUCCAGUCCCAGCACAUGACGAGACGAUGCGGAUCUUCACAGUCUUAACUUUGCUUCUGGUCUUCUUCCAGUCAGGGCUGCCUCUGCAAAUUCAGUGCUACCAGUGUGAGGAGUUAACCAGCGACUGCUCCUCACCACAGUUUAUCGUCAACUGUACUGUCAAUGUGCAGGACAUGUGCCAGAAUGAAGUUCUAGUGAAGGAAGAUGGGAUACACUACCGCAAAUCCUGUGCCUCCUCAGGAGCCUGUCUCAUCGCUUCUUCUGGCUACCAGCAGUUCUGCACUGGCAAGAUGAACUCAGUGUGCAUCACAUGCUGCAACACAUCACUGUGUAAUGGACCACGCCAGAAGAAACGAGCCCAACCAUCCGCCGCUAUUACCUUGACCAUGCCGCAUCUCACUGUUUUCAUUUGCUUCUUCAUCCUGCUUGCCUUCAGCCUUUACUGAACUGUACCAACAGUGGACAAUUUACAUGUGAAAGUGUAGAUAGGAAGCUUUUAAUCUGUGAAGCUUUGUGUCACAGUUUGCUUUCAAAUGUUCAUCUUUCCUUGUGCUGCGUCCUUCAUGUGCUCUUCAAUGAAGCUUAAUGUUGUUCAGGUAUUUUAAUCAGGACAGAUACCCCAGAGGUUUAAAAGCAUGUGAACUCUCCUCAAGAAAUAAUGCCAUAGCAUUGAAAAAGGCAUCAUGGUGGAGCAUGUGGCUAGCAUGUCGGCCUCACAACACGGAGGUCCUGGGUUUGAAUUUGGCUCUGACCGCUCUGCUGGCGACCAGUCCAAGGUCUACUCACCUCUCACCCAAAGUCAGAUAGGAUAGGCUCCAGCUCGCCAUGACUAUCUGAACAGCAGCAAACAACAUGGUGACAGGUAAGUUUGCAAAAAUUUUAAUGGGAAUGAUGGACAUUUUCAGAAUGACCAGGAAUAUAGUGGAUCUUUGACAGGUCAUUUAUAGAAUGUUUCUGAAAAAAAAACCCAUCUUGCAGCAUAAGCUUUGAUAAAAAUAAUAAGAUUUUGUGCAAAUUCAGUCGCCUUUCCACCUUGCUGCAGUUCCAUGUACAAGCUCUAUUGGCUAUGAGUCUCUUCAUAUGCACAAUAAUAAUAUGUUUUUAUUAAUAUAGGCACUGCCCAAUCCUUUCAUUAUGUAUGUUCUUAUAUCUCAACAGUAGAUAUAUCAGAUAUUCCUAUCAUGGAUGCAUAGCUACACUAAGAUGACUACUGUUGAGGAUCAUGUCAACUUAAACUUUAGGUAGACAAAGAAUUACUUAAUAUGCCAUCAAUCCAUCCACAUCAUCAAUACAAUCAAUUUAAUGGGAUUGUGCGAGUAGUCACCAGAAGUGUUUUUAAGCAAUAUUUAAUACUGGAGAUAAUGCCGACAGACAAUUUCUCGAGAGAAAGAGCAGCAGCUCGUCUCAGUCACUGUUGCUUACUUAGGUUUGUGUGGGAAUUGUCA